AUGGCCCAGCCAGCCGGUGGCCUCCAUUUCACUUUUGGCUUCCAGUGCUGCCUUCUCUUUCUUCUAACUCCUUGGGAGGCAGGUGCUUCAUUUCAAGAACUUCAGAAAACUGGUGAAUCGCCAACAUCUGAUCAUUUAUUCCCCCUCAAUCCAGGCCUUACUUAUAAUACUCCCUCUAACCACAAUCCUCCGUAUACAGGACAAAGGCCUCCAGACUUCCCUAAAUCUAUAGAAACCCAUAAGCCAAAAYACAAGUGCAACACCACACACCCUUCCAAAGCAAUUCACAAGCCUACAAACAACUCCAAAACUCUAGACAAUGAAAGCUCUGGAGUUCAUCACAAAGGUCCCUCCACUUCUGAACAAAACACCACUAAUCAGGGAAAAGACUCAAUUAUUCGAAAUGGACGGGAUAUCAAUCCUGACUCUGCCAACCCACCAAAAGGACUCUCAGUCACUUCAGAGAUGAACAAAAAAACUACGGUUUCAUCAGAAAAAGCCACAGAAGCCAUGAUGCCAGCAUACAACACUACAAAAAAUGAAGGAAAGACCACAACAGCUCAUGAGAAGGCCACAGGGGCCCAAGUCACACCUAUAGAACAUGGAGGACAGACCACAUCCGCCCAUGAGAAGGUCACAGGGGCCCACGUCACACCUACAGAACAUGGAGGACAGACCACAUCCGCCCAUGAGAAGGCAGGUCUCCAUGCUGGAGAGACAGGAGAGAAUGGUUCAUUCCCUCCAUGGGCCAUAGUUAUUGUGGUCCUGGUGGCUGUGAUUCUUCUGCUGCUGUUCCUUGGCCUCAUCUUCUUGAUCUUCUCUGUGAUUCGAACACGCCGUGCACUGACCCAGAACAUGGAGAACGAUGACCCAGAAGAAAAUGAGGGCCCGAAUUCCUACCCAGUCUACCUGAUGGAGCAGCAGAACCUUGGCAUUAGCCAAAUACCUUCCAUACCAUGA